AUGUCAACUGACGAAUCCGUUGCUUCGACAGCUGAACAGUUGCCUUCAUCAGUCACUGUUGUGGCCUUAACAUCACAAACCACACAGACGGCUAAUGCUUUGGAUUCAAUGCCGACGCCGUUGGUUCGAUCACUGCUGUCGACCAGCUUAACAGAUAUGUCAUUCAACCGGCACGAUGCGAGUAAAGACACGAUUAAUCCAGGAGACACGACUGCCAUGAUGGUAGCCCCCGGAUCAUGUGAGACACGCCCACCGAGUAGCAGUUUACAUGAACUCAUCCAAGAAUGUGACUGCGACCACCGUCACCACUUUCGCCAUCAUCACUAUCAUCGUCACCACCAUCACCACCACCACCACCACCACCACCUCCAUCAUUCUCCACCCCUUUUUUCACCGGCCCAUAUAACUCCGACCUGUUCCCACCAACACGUCCAUCACCAUCGUACCCUCUACAAUCACCACUCUCAUGGUCAACCCGGAUUGCCGGGUGCCUCUGCUUUGGUGACCCGACGAACAUGUGGAUCGGAAACAGAGGCAAGGAUUGAACCUGAAAUUUUGGAUUCUUCAGAAAGUGUGCUUUCAUCUAUAUACCGAGGCCAACCCUCUUCGCUCUCAGUCAAAGUCAGAAACUCGACAGAAAACAGUGAAAGCUGUAGUAGUAGUAGUAGUAGUCGAAACAGUAAAACGACUGAUAUUAGUAAUCGUAAUCUAAUUGAUAUUAGCGAUAGAACAACUCAACAAAGACUCACCGAUAAUAAAAACAAAGGUGAUCACCAUGAAGACCGUAGUAGUAGUAGUAAUAGCAGUAGUAGUAAUAGCAGUAGUAGUAGUAGUGUUAGCGGUUACAUUCCUGAGUGGGGCGCUGUUGAAACUUUCCCACUAGUGACUCUUACGGCGGAGGCAUCAGCGGCAGUUUGGACAACAGCUACUGUAGCAGCCGAAACCCACAGCCCGUCAUUGGUGAAGAUCUGCGACCCCCCUGAGCAGGUGGCUACCUCUGUACACCCCCACCACUACCACCAUCACCAUCAUCCUUAUUUCAGUCAUCACCAUCAUCAUCACCAUUAUCGACAGCAAAAGAAAGCCGAGGAUGAAAGCGACAGUGUUCUAGAGGCGAAGACGCAACAGUUUGGUGUACCCAGCAGACAGACAACCACCCUUCCUGCGUCUGUUAACCCGUACCCGUUUCUCGUCUCAGCUGCAACCUCAAAUAUUACUACAACGAUAACUACAACAAUAAUUACUACUAACACUACUACUGUUCUUAGCCCACAUCUGAGAGCUAAUACUACAACCCAAGGAAAUAGUGCCUCCUAUUCAACUAUUAUCACUACUGCUUCUUUCACAGUUUCCCCAACAAUUACGAGCGUAGUCUAUACAGAUCGUAGUGUGCCUUUGGUCCACGCCUUCGUCUCACCGACUGGACCCACCAAAAGAAGUCCCAACACACCCCCAUCUGUAGCGAUAACCACUGCCGGUGCAUCUGACCGCAUCGUAAACCCUGCUUCGACAAGCGAGGAGGGUGUUGCGUGUGACGAGCUUGUCGCAUCAGGACGAAAAGCUAGGGAAAGGGCAGGGGAUCUGGCAACAAACCAGACAGAGAGAAUAAUUGUUGAAGCAGAGAAAGACGUGAAAGAGAAGGAGACUGAAAGUGAAGAGGAACGAGGUGACGAAAGUGUUGAACAGACAAAGGGAUCCCUCCGUCUCUGCCGGUGUCGAGGAAACCGAGAAGUAGAAAGAGUGAAAAAGGAAGAAAAAAAAGACAGAGACGAAGUGGUUUUCAGUAGAGUAGAGAUCGAAAUCGACGGGGAAGAAGAGAAGAGUGAAAACAAGCUGGAAAAAUUGGACGAAGGGAAGAGAAGGGAAAUUGUGUGCGAUGUGGUAGAGUUUGUGUUAAAUCGAGAUAAUACUCCAUCUAAAGUAAAAGAGAAACAAGCUUUGAUAACAACAAGAAUAGUACAUGAAAAUCAAAACCCAUUCAUUAAUAAAAGCGAUUACAAUCAAUAUCACGACCACGUUGAGUCAAAUAUUUCUUAUAAAUCCCUUCUUCAAAGCGAGCUAAAUCCCCGAGAACAGCAGUUGAAUAUUCCGGAGUCUUACGAACUCUCCACAUGUCAACCGAAUUCAGUCGCUCGUGAACCAAAACAAUCUACUUCUUUAUCGCUCUUACGUCACAGGGACAGCCUUACAGAAGAAAGUACUGUGGUAGAUCUUAACUCGUUUUAUGUUACGCCACAAACCGAAACUGAAUGUUUAGAGACAAUUCAAAAUGAAAAGGAUGAAGAGAGACUGGGGAAAGUUAAGUUAGAAAAAGAAGAUGGGGAAGAGGAGGAUGAAGUUCUUUUAGCAACUAACGAAACGAAUACAACCGUCAUUUCCGACCAUAACAAACAGGUUGAGGAUAGCAUACGUCGUCAGUUUGUGGGUCUGAAUUUGCGAGGUAUUCCAGAUGAGAGCCCACCGAUUUCUCCGGCUCGCGCCGAACGCAAACCGCUUAAAGUUGCGUUUGUUGGUAUGGACGAAACUAAGGAAGCGGACGUUGAACAAGAAGGUCAGCGAGAAAACAGUUCUGGUUUUAACAUACGGAAAAAUAUGAAUUGUAAUCGGUAUCAUCAACCACGGAUGUCAUUACUCGGAAAGCCACUACAUUUUCAUGGCCAUAGGAGGGAUGCUAGAUAUCGGAAACUCCAGGCAAGGAUUUACAAUUUUUUGGAAAGACCUAAGACAUGGCCCUCAGCCUUGUAUCACGUUUUAGUGUAA